GCGACAUUCACCUGAUUCUGAGCAUUCACAACAUGUUGGGCAUCACGGUCUUCACCACACUCCUGGCCUACGCCUCCAGCUGCGGGGUCCCCAUCUUCCAGCCCAACCUAUCAGCCCGCGUGGUGGGAGGAGAGGACGCCAUUCCCCACAGCUGGCCCUGGCAGAUCUCCCUCCAGUACCUCAGGGAUGACACGUGGAGGCACACCUGUGGUGGCACCCUGAUCAGCCCCAGCCACGUGCUCACAGCUGCCCACUGCAUCAGCAACACCCUGACCUACCGCGUGGCCCUGGGGAAGAACAACCUGGAGGUGGAGGACGAGGCAGGCUCCCUCUAUGUGGGUGUGGACACCAUCUUUGUCCACGAAAAGUGGAACUCCUUUCUAGUUCGCAAUGACAUUGCCCUUAUCAAGCUGGCAGAGACCGUGGAACUGAGUGACACAAUCCAGGUGGCCUGCCUGCCAGAGGCGGGCUCCUUGCUGCCUCAGGACUACCCCUGCUACGUCACUGGCUGGGGCCGUCUCUACACCAACGGCCCCAUUGCCGCCGAGCUGCAGCAGGGCCUGCAGCCUGUGGUGGAUUAUGCCACAUGCUCCCAGAGAGACUGGUGGGGCACCACGGUGAAGGAAACCAUGGUCUGUGCCGGGGGCGAUGGAGUCAUCUCAGCCUGCAACGGGGACUCGGGCGGCCCCCUGAACUGCCAAGCCGAGAACGGCAACUGGGACGUGCGAGGCAUCGUCAGCUUCGGCUCCGGGCUGGGCUGCAACACCCUCAAAAAGCCAACGGUCUUCACCCGUGUGUCUGCCUACAUCGACUGGAUCAACGAGAAACUGCAGCUGUGAUUCAUCCCCAGGAGCCCAGGCCACAAAUCCCAACAACCACAAUAAACCUCUCUCCCCCUCAA